GUCUUCCAGGGCUGAACUUCCGGUUCCGUUGGGCUCGCAAGUGGGGGAAAACCUGGUCUGAUAGUAAUGGCCGCAGCGGCGGCGUUUGGUUAUGGGCGGCUUCUGACUCGAACAGCCUUUCUGUUGAGGUCUACAGUUCGAAGUCUGAGUGCACGAAACACUUCACCAGUUCGGGGGCUGAUUCCAAAAACAUCCUUGUCAUCACCUCCGUGGCCUGAAAUCAAGCUCCCUGAUCCAGCAGAAGAGGCAGAACACCACAGAGAGGUUGUACAAAAAGUGAACGAGUUAAUUGCCACUGGACAUUAUGGAAGACUGUUUGCUGUUGUUCACUUUGCCAGCAGACAGUGGAAAGUAACCAGUGAAGACUUGAUUUUAAUUGAAAACCACAUACCUGCUGAAUGUGGAGACAGAAUCAGAAUGGAAAAGGUACUGUUGGUGGGGGCUGAUAACUUCACAUUGCUGGGAAAGCCGCUCCUGGGAAUGGACCUAGUCCGUGUGGAGGCCACUGUUAUAGAAAAGACCGAAUCUUGGCCAAGAAUUAAUGUGAAGUUCCGUCGAAGAAAGAAUUACGAGAAGAGAAGAAUUUUCAUUCAGCCACAAACUGUUCUCCGGAUAAACUCCAUUGAAAUUGCUCCUGUUCUGUCAUGAUGGAUUGGUUUGUAAUAUCUUGGGGGCAUUAAGAAAAUAGAAAAUGUUCAUGUUGCAUUUGGUUACUCUCAGUAAACAUUUUUAAAAAAUUAUUAAAAUCGUUAUCAACAUCACCAAA